AUGUCGCUGCGUUUUGCAUGGUUUCUUUCCACCGUCUUUGCCUCCUACUCCACUUCUUCUUCUUCUUGCCUGGCAGCCACAGCCAAUGCAGCUGGUAUCCAACUUAGAGAUGUAGUGAUGCCCCCUAGAGUACUGAAGUGUGAAAGAGAGAAAAAACAGGUGUUGAAAGCAUGCGUGGAGAGUGGUGGGCCGGCCUUCCUGGAGUACCGGCCGUUCUGUGAUUCUCCAGAAUCCACAGAUGCCCAGUCCGCCCCUAGUGAAGUGAAGACAGUGAUGGAGGAAGAGGAGGAGGGCGCAGAGAGGAGCAGGUGGUCCCAAGAAGAGCCUCCAUGUUUCAGCAGUGACCCUGAACCUCCAAACUGCAGGAACCAGAAUCAGCUGACAAACCUCAUCCAGGGGAAUCUGCUUCCCUCGGCUCUCGUCUGGAUAACUUCCCGACCUGCAGCAGCCAAUCAGAUCCCUCCUACAUGUGUCGACAGGCUAACAGAAGUACGAGGCUUCACUGACGCCCAGAAGGAGGAGUACUUCAGGAGGAGAUUCAGCGAUGAAGAGCUGUCCAGCAGAAUCAUCUCCCACAUGAAGACAUCCAGGAGCCUCCACAUCAUGUGUAGAAUCCCAGUCUUCUGCUGGAUCACUGCUACAGUUCUGGAGCACAUGUUGACUACAGAGCAGAGAGGAGAGCUGCCCAAGACCCUGACUGACAUGUACUCACACUUCCUGCUGGUUCAGACAAAGAGGAAGAAGAACAAGUACCAUGAGGGACGUGAGACGAGUCCACAGGAACUAACGGAGGCUGACAGGGAAGUUCUUCUGAAGCUGGGGAGGCUGGCGUUUGAACAUCUGGAGAAAGGAAACAUCAUGUUCUACCAAGAAGACCUGGAGCAGUGUGGUCUGGAUGUGACAGAGGCCUCGGUGUACUCAGGAGUUUGUACAGAGAUCUUCAAAAGAGAGUGUGUGAUCUUCCAGAAACCAGUCUACUGCUUUGUUCAUCUGAGCAUUCAGAAGUUUCUGGCUGCAGUCUACAUGUUCCACUGUUUCACCAGCAGGAGGACAAAGGUGCUGAGGGAUUUUCUGGAUAUCUGGAAUGACAUCACGUCGCUUCAUGAGUUUCUGUCAAAAAGUAUGUUGAGAUCCUUCAGGAGUAAAAAUGGCCACCUGGACCUGUUUGUUCGCUUCCUUCAUGGCCUCUGUCUGGAGUCCAACCAGAGACUCUUAGGAGGUCUGCUGGGUCAGACAGAGAACAGUCCAGAAACCAUCCAGAGAGUCAUUAAGAGCCUGAAGAAGAUGAACAGUGAUAAAAUCUCUCCUGACAGAAGCAUCAACAUCUUCCACUGUCUGAUGGAGAUGAACGACCUCUCAGUACAUCAGGAGAUCCAAGAGUUCCUGAAGUCAGAGAACAGAUCAGAGAGACUCUCUGAGAUCCACUGCUCAGCUCUGGCCUUCAUGCUGCAGAUGUCAGAGGAGGUUCUGGAUGAGUUGGACCUGCAGAAGUACAACACAUCAGAGGAAGGACGACUGAGACUGAUUCCAGCUGUGAGGAACUGCAGAAAGGCUCGACUGAGUUCUUGUGGACUCUCAGAGACUCACUGUGAAGUUGUGGCCUCAGCUCUGAAGUCCAACCCCUCCCACCUGACAGAGCUGGACAUGAGCUUUAACAACCUGCAGGAUUCAGGCGCAAAGCUGUCCGCGGGACUGAAGAGUCCAAACUGUCAACUUAGGAUUCUGAGACUUAAAGGCUGCAGGCUGUCAGAGGUGAGCUGUGCUGCUUUGACCUCUGCUUUAAAGACUAACCCCUCCCAUCUGGUAGAGCUGCACCUGAGUGGAAAUCACCAGCAGGAGUCUGACAUUAAGGAUCUGUGCGGUUAUCUGGAAAGGCCUCACUGUAAACUACAGACUCUGAGAUUAGAUUCAUGCAGUUUAUCAGAAACCAGCUGUGAUCAUCUGGUCUCAGCUCUGAAGUCCAACCCCUCCCAUCUGAGAGAGUUGGACCUGAACUAUAACAUGAACCUGCAGGACUCAGGAGUGAAGAUGCUGUGUGGAUUUCUGCAGAGUCCAGACUGUAAUCUGGAGACACUCAGUUUCAGUCUCUGCGGUUUGUCAGAGAUCAGCUGUGCAUAUCUAGCAUCAGCGCUGACGUCCAACCCCUCCCCUCUGAAACAUCUGGAGCUGAGUAACAACAAUGUGCAGGAUGCAGGAGUGAAACAUCUGUGUGGGUUUCUGGAGCAUCCCUGCUGUAAGCUGGAGAAACUGAGUUUAAGGAGCUGCAGCUUGUCGCACAUCAGCUGUACUUCUCUGGCUUCAGCUCUGAAGUCCAACCCCUCCCAUCUCAGAGAGCUGGACCUGAAGUACAACAACCUGCAGGAUUUAGAUGUGAAGCAGCUGUCUGAUCUUGUGGAGACUCCAGACUUUAGAGUGGAGAGAUAAAGCUGGAUGCAGCUGACAGCCAGAAAGAUGCACAGAGACACCUGCCCUCUUUUUGACUCUCCACAGCUUCGUUGGUUCUGAUUGGACCUCAUCUCUUCACAGCAUUAUCAUCUCAUUUUUAUACACACUGACAAAAGUAUCAGUACAUGUCAUCCUAGUUUUGGUUUUUGUUAUCAUCUUGUUUUCAUCAGGGAAUAAAAGUUGUUAAUGUUUGCACUGGUUUAGCUCGGCCACCUGAGAAAUUUCAGAUACAGCUGCUCGUCGGCUGCUAAGUUAUAUAUUUAAUAUUUAGUUGACUGUUUGUUCGUUGUUAGAGUUUAAUUAUCAUCCCUGUGGUGUUGGCUGUGAGCUUCAUGUUUUUAUAAAAAAAACAAUUCUUUUUUAAAAUGAAGUUAUUAUUGUCACUUUGUCUUCUGUGAGUUUUGUGCUUGUAAUUAGGGGGUGGGUUUAAAAGAUCGAUUUUAGCUUGAAUAACACAAUAUCGAUUCAUUAAAUCCUAGAUUGAUAUUUAAAUAUAAAUGUAUUUUACCAGAAAUGCCAGAAUCUCAGGUUAACGCUCACAAACCAUUUUAACAACAUUCUAACAGCUAAAACAGUAAAUGAGAGCAAACAAACGGAAUCCACACGAAGACGUAAACACAAAGCGUGGAUCGUUCACCCAGCGGCGCAUACAGCCGACAGCUCACAGAUUCUGAAGCUGCAGGUUUCGUCACUCCAACCAAAUUUGACUGAACCAGCAGCAAAAGAAGAUCCAAACUACGCUUCACAUAAACAUCGUCAUGAAUUCCCUCUGACUUUGGCUGUUUCGCUUCCACCAGGAUAAAAUCACACUUCCUGUCUCUCUCUCUCUCUCUCUCUCUCUCUCUCUCUCUCUCCCUCUCUCUCUCUCUCUCUCAGGAAACUGUUCUUGAAGUACACUAUCUCAAAUCUCUGUUUUCAGCAUUAUUCUCUUGGUUAUUACGCAGCAGUCUACUGUUGUGUUCAGUGCUGUUGGCGUCUGUUUUUUUUGUUUGUUUGUUUUUUAAUGACCUAAAACAAAGCCUCAUUUCUGCUGUUCGAUACCAAAGAAAUUUAUACUUUUUUAAUUUAUACCAAAUUACAAACUCUCAGCUGUGUCUCUAAUCAAACCUCUGUAACUUUGCUUGACUUCAGCAGCAUCAGCUCAUGUUCACAUGUUGAUUCAUGGUUUUCUUCAGUUUUUGUUUGACUGCAGAUUCAUUUUAGGGCUAUCUGCUAUAAAAAGCCCGAACAGGUAAAUCUGCUUCAUGUUUUUCUGUUUGAUCCUCAGCCUCAGCUUUGUUUGUACACAUAGAUAUCAAAUGUGGAUAUUUUAUAUCUAUGUGUAAUAUAUUUUAAAAAUGUACUGAUAAAUGAUCAGAAUUAUAAUAUUUCUGUCUGAGUCAAAAUUGAAUUGAAUCAAAUCGA